GGGAACUACGAGCGUUGCGCGUGCGCAUCCGCACCGAGUGCGCUUUCUCGGUCGCCGACGCCGAAAAGGUUUUAUAAAAAGCACAAGUGAUGUCUGCAAUAAUUGAACACCACAACCAACCAACUCAGGAUUGCACUAAUGGUGCCUUUUGCAAAGCUGCUGGAAUUCCAGUGUCUGAACAGUAUGUCGUGGGAAAGCUGCACUUCAGUGGCUGCCAGCCUGCUCAAAAUUCAAAAUCCCAGCUCAGUCAACUUACCUGACAAUCUAUGGAGAUCAAAGUUCCCUCCUAACUCAGUAAUGGCCUUUGAGUGGUCACAGUUUACCUGUGAGAACUGAAAAAAAGAACUUGCAUUUUAGGGAUCCAUGCGUGCCCCUCGCCAGGCCGAGCUUUCAGAAUGACCCUCUAGGCAGUCUGCGUCAGUUGAAGCUGCUGUCUGCAGCCGGCUGCGGAAAGCGUUUUCACAGCAGCUGGCCGCUGCGACUGAUCGUUCGUCUUCCUCAGAUCAAAGUCCCCUUUCCAGACACGCUUGAGCAGGUGUUCUGUCUGGUAUCAAGCAGAAAGCCUAUUCUGGAAUCACAGAGUCAAUUUUCAAAGCGAAGAGAAAGGCUUGUGGAAUGAAUGGCCCCGGGUUUGUUCCGUAACUAAACAAGAAGCGCCGGUUGGGCAAAUUGGCCAUUCAAGGGAUUCUCCAUAGCCCUUAUCUACUGCCGUUUCAGCUUAUCUGUAAUUGAUUGAUUGCCUACCGGGAGUCUUGGCCCACAGCGCCCAAGGCCUGCGGCCAAGACUUGCCCUUAUAAGGGACGCUGAAGGCUCCAUUCCCCCCUCCUACGGAGCCCACCUGACCUAAGCAGGGUGGGUGAGAAGCGAAGCCUUUAGAGUAGGUCCCACCGGCAGGGAUUUGCUUCAGAUCUGGGCUCUCCUCCGCUGCCAUUCAUUAUCCCUGUGACCCGGUGCCAGCGGCGCCUGAGAGCGUUCUCCCCUGUCUCCGAAAUGGAGCUAGUUCAUUUCUUCUUUCCCUCCUCCCGGAGAAGGGCGUGCUCUGAACCCUGGAAAGCCUCCCGGGGCCAAACCCUGCCCACAAAAAUCGCAGCCGUGGUCCAGGGUCUUGCACGCCCAACCCGGCCGGGGGCGGACAGCUCGCCGCACGUGACCUCGCGGCCCGCGACUCCAACCCUCUGGCAUUGGGGCGUGGCCUCGAGGGGCGGUCGAGCGGCGAUUGGCCGGGAGGUGGGGCCUGCGGCGUGCGCGCGGAGGGAGAGGGGGAUGGGGGUGUGGCCCGACAGGCCGGAGAGGGCUGCGAUUGGCUUGAGGCGCGUAGGGGGCGUGACCACGGGCGGCAGGCCGCGGGUGGGGCCGGAGGCGGCGGGAGUCCAGGCUGCGAGCCGUGCACCUGAGAGCCGACGCCCGGGUCCGCGAAGCUGUACUCGCUGCUGUCCACGCCGCCAUGAACCGCUUCAAGGUGUCCAAGUUCCGGCACACGGAGGCUCGGCCGUCCCGCCGCGAGACCUGGUCACGGACUUGGACUUCUCCCCCUUCGAUGACUUUCUCCUGGCCACAGCCUCAGCCGACAGGACGGUGAAACUGUGGCGACUGCCAGCGUCUGGCCAGGCACUGCCCUCGGGACCUGGGCUGCUGCUGGGCCCCGAGGACGCCCAGGUGGAGGUGCUACAGUUCCACCCCACUGCCGACGGUGUCCUGCUGAGCGUGGCGGGCAGGGCUGUGAAGGUCUGGGACGCUACCAAGCAGCAGCCGCUCACAGAGCUGGCGACCCACGGGGACCUAGUGCAGGGUGCCGCCUGGAGCCGGGACGGAGCCCUGCUGGGCACAACCUGCAAGGACAAGCAGCUGCGGAUCUUCGACCCCAGAGCAAAGCCCGAGGCCGCCCAGAGCACGCCGGCCCAUGAGAACAACAGGGAUGGCCGGCUGGUGUGGACGGGCACCCAGGAGCACCUCGUGUCCACUGGCUUCAACCAGAUGCGAGAGCGUGAAGUCAAGCUCUGGGACACCCGGCUCUUCUCCGGUGCCCUUACCUCCCUCACCCUGGACACCUCUCCCAGGUCUCUGAUGCCCCUGCUGGACCCAGACUCAGGGCUCCUGGUCCUGGCGGGAAAGGGAGAGAACCAGCUCUACUGCUACGAGGCGGCCCCCCAGCAGCCAGCACUGAGCCCGGUGACCCAGUGCCUCCUGGAGAGCGCGCUGCGGGGGGCGGCCCUCGUGCCCCGGCGGGCGCUGGCCGUCAUGGGCUGCGAGGUCCUGCGCAUCCUGCAGCUGAGCGACACGGCCAUCGUUCCCAUCAGCUACCACGUACCCCGCAAGACCGCAGAGUUCCACGAAGACCUGUUCCCGGACACCGCAGGCUGUGUGCCCGCCUCCGACCCCCAUGCCUGGUGGGCAGGGAGCGACCAGCAGGUGCAGAGGGUCAGCCUGCACCCCGCCCGCCGGGCCCACCCCGGCUUCACUUCCUGCCUGGCGCCUCCUGCAGAGCCCACCCCUGCCACGGCCCGGCCCGCGGGGACACCUGUGGGCGACUCGGACCCCAGCGAGGGCUUCUCCUCCCCGCCCAGCUCGCUGACCUCACCCUCCACGCCCUCCAGCCUGGGGCCCUCACUCACCAGCACCAGUGGCAUCGGCACCAGCCCCAGCCAGCGGUCCCUGCAGAGCCUGCUGGGCCCCAGUUCCAAGUUCCGGCAUGCUCAGGGCACUGUCCUGCACCGAGACAGCCACAUCACCAACCUCAAGGGGCUCAACCUCACCACUCCUGGCGAGAGUGACGGCUUCUGCGCCAACCAGCUGCGUGUGGCCGUGCCCCUGCUCAGCAGCGGGGGGCAGGUGGCUGUGCUGGAGCUGCGGAAGCCCGGCCGUCUGCCCGACACUGCACUGCCCACUCUGCAGAAUGGGGUGGCCGUGACUGAUCUGGCCUGGGACCCCUUUGACCCCCACCGCCUCGCCGUGGCCGGGGAGGACGCCAGGAUCCGGCUGUGGCGGGUGCCCCCCGAGGGCCUGCAGGAGGUGCUCACUACGCCUGAGGCUGUACUCACAGGCCACACAGAGAAGAUCUAUUCUCUGCGCUUCCACCCGCUGGCGGCCGACGUGCUGGCUUCUUCCUCCUAUGACCUCACCGUUCGGAUUUGGGACCUCAAGGUCGGAGCCGAGCGGCUGAGGCUGCAGGGCCACCGGGAUCAGAUCUUUGGCUUGGCCUGGAGCCCUGAUGGGCAGCAGCUGGCCACUGUCUGCAAAGAUGGGCGCUUGCGGAUCUAUGAGCCCCGGGGUAGCUCUGAGCCCCUGCAGGAAGGCCCAGGGCCCGAGGGGGCCCGUGGAGCCCGCGUUGUGUGGGUGUGUGACGGUCACUAUCUCUUGGUGUCAGGCUUUGACAGCCGAAGCGAGCGCCAGCUCCUCCUGUACUCAGCCGAGGCCCUGGCUGGCGGCCCCUCCGCAGUGCUGGGGCUGGACGUGGCUCCCUCGACCCUGCUGCCCAUCUAUGACCAGGACACCGGCCUGGUGCUGCUCACGGGCAAGGGCGAUACCCGCGUGUUCCUGUACGAGCUGCUCCCCGAGUCCCCCUUCUUCCUGGAGUGCAACAGCUUCACAUCGCCCGAUCCCCACAAGGGAUUCAUCCUCCUGCCCAAGACAGAGUGUGAUGUGCGGGAGGUGGAGUUCGCCCGAUGCCUGCGACUUCGCCAGACCUCCCUGGAGCCUGUUGCCUUCCGGCUGCCCCGAGUCAGGAAAGAAUUCUUCCAGGACGAUGUGUUUCCCGACACCGCUGUAAGCUGGGAGCCGGCGCUCAGCGCUGAGGCCUGGCUGGGAGGUGCUAACGGGCAGCCCCGGCUUCUCAGCCUGCAGCCCCCCGGCAUGACCCCAGUGAGCCAGGCCCCCCGUGAAGCCCCUGCCCGGCGGGCCCCCUCCUCAGUCUACCUGGAGGAGAAGUCAGACCAGCAGAAGAAAGAAGAGCUGCUGAGCGCCAUGGUGGCGAAGCUGGGGAACCGGGAGGACCCGCUCCCACAGGACUCCUUUGAAGGUGUGGACGAGGAUGAGUGGGACUAGCCUGCCCACCAGCCGCCUCUAGCCUCACCCUCCACUGCUGCCUCUGGGAAAGCCUGGUGCCCCUGCACACCUCACAUCUCUCCCUCAAACUGGAAGCCACCUCCUGGCCCUGGCACACCUCAUCCCAGAAGCCCUGGCUUCCUUUGAGUCUUGGGCAUUUCCACGGCCUCUGGGCCCUGCUGCAGUCACCAUGGAUUGUCCGCAUCUCUGCUCUUUCUAGGACUGGGCGCUUCUCCUCACUGCCUGCUAGCAUGCGGAGCCAGGGGCUUGGGGGUUGGGUGGGGUGAGGGCUCAGGGGCACGUCCCUGGGUAGGCACUGGGCCCCUUGUCCCCCCUACUCUGACCUGGGCUGGUCCCAGCUUGGGCUGGCUUCGCUCAGCACCUUCAGUUAUCACAUGCCGUCCCAUCUUGCCUGCUGCCCCAGUUCCAGUCAAGGGUCUAGGGGGCUGGCCCCCCAACCUGGCCAUUGGGAGCAGCUCCAGCCUCAGGGGCCUGGGACCAGUUACCCUGCUCCCCAAGCUUGAAGCCAGGAGAAAUGGGUGUCACAGAGCUAAUAGCCCAUUUAAGGGCAUAUGAGCCCCACAGGGACUGGCCUGCACGUGUCCUGGAUGUUUUCAACAAUUAAACUUUUCUAAGCUGGC